CUCACAGUAACACUCAAUACCAUCACAAACACAGCACUUCUCCCAAUUUAUUUCUCAAACAUAUCUCUUGGGGUUGAUUUUCUUCACAGCUUUAGAGUUAGAAAUGGAGAAGAAGGGUGCUGGAGGAAGAAAGGGGGGUGGUCCAAAGAAGAAGGCCGUUUCCCGUUCCGUUAAGGCAGGUUUGCAGUUUCCAGUGGGUAGAAUUGGGCGUUACCUGAAAAAGGGUCGAUAUGCUCAGCGUGUUGGAAGUGGUGCUCCUGUUUAUCUUUCUGCUGUUCUUGAGUACCUUGCUGCCGAGGUUUUAGAAUUGGCUGGAAAUGCAGCGAGAGACAACAAGAAGACCAGGAUAAUACCGAGGCAUGUUUUGUUAGCUGUAAGGAACGACGAAGAGCUUGGAAAACUUCUAGCUGGUGUAACCAUUGCCCAUGGAGGCGUGCUUCCUAACAUCAAUCCGGUUCUUCUGCCUAAGAAAUCUGACAAAGUCGGAAAAGAACCUGCUAAAUCGCCAUCGAAGGCUACUAAGUCACCCAAGAAGGCCUAAUUUGUGAUGACUCAAGGCUCGUGUGAUGGCACUAUGUUACUUGAACCCAUGUUGUAAGGACAUUGUAUUGUAGCUGUGCAAUUAGGAGCUUUAAUGGUGGUCGUGAAAUAAUCUGUACUUGUAUGUAGUUUUGGUAUCUAUGGUUUGCAUGUAGGCAAAGUCUGUUGAAAACUAGGAAUGUUUGAUUUCUGUUAUGAUGUAAAACUAAUGAAAUUGGUUCUAGUUGUCAAAAUCAUUAAUGGUGGUUACAUUGUGUAAGUUACAUAUGAGAAAAGCUUUGCUUGUCUUAUGAGCUUU